AUGCAGAGACCGGGCGGCCAAGGGACGGCGUUUUCGAUCGACUCCUUGAUAGGAACUCCGCAGCCUCGGCCGGGACACCUGCUCUACACUGGCUACCCGAUGUUUAUGCCGUACAGACCCUUGAUGAUUCCUCAAUCUUUAUCUCAUUCACAUUUGCCGUCUGGCAUACCUCCUUUGGCGCCGUUGGCAUCUUUCGCUGGACGUCUUACCAACACAUUCUGUGCGAGUUUGGGACAGGGGAUGCCGUCCAUGGUGGCUCUCACGACAACACUGCCGAGUUUCUCGGAUCCGCCGGAUAGUUUCUAUCCUCCCCAAGAGCUCCCCGGACCUCGGUUAAGUGCCGACCCCGGACCUCGGAGACAAGAGAGCCCCCACUCAGAUGAUCUGCAUGGAAGAGACAAGGGGUCGGACUUACUCAACUUCUCGGAAACUUUUCAAACUAUGCCAGGUGAGACUAAAUUGUACAGCUCUGACGAUGAGAAGUUUGACCUGAAAUCGGCAGACGCAGUUUGCAGUGACCGAGAUGACAGCUCUGCCGUCGACAGCGAGAACGAAAGCUUCUCCGAUGGGAACAACUGUGGUUCUUUAUCCCAAAAGAGUAAACUAAAACCCGGGUCACAGGAAGCGUUACCACCAGGAAGCUCAGCAGGAAAGAGCAGAAGGAGACGGACAGCUUUUACAAGCGAGCAGCUACUUGAACUUGAGAAGGAAUUUCAUUGUAAAAAGUACCUUUCGCUCACCGAACGCUCUCAAAUAGCACACGCACUUAAAUUGAGCGAGGUGCAGGUCAAAAUUUGGUUCCAGAAUCGUAGGGCCAAAUGGAAAAGAAUCAAAGCGGGAAACGUCAAUAACAGGUCGGGAGAGCCUGUGAGAAACCCCAAAAUUGUGGUCCCCAUUCCAGUGCACGUCAACAGGUUUGCCGUGAGGAGUCAACACCAACAGAUAGAGCAAACAAGGCCAUGA